AGGUGCCUAUUGAAAUUCCGCGGGAUUAUACUGCGUCGGAUCUUGACGAGGAACAUCGCGUAGCUUACUGGAGGGAAGAUAUUGGGAUUAAUCUUCAUCACUGGCACUGGCAUCUGGUCUAUCCAUUUGAGACCGACAUCAGGAUUGUUAACAAGGAUCGGCGUGGCGAGCUAUUCUACUAUAUGCAUCAUCAGAUCCAAGCCAGAUAUAAUGCCGAGCGUCUGAGCAACCGAUUGGGCCGAGUGAAGCGUUUCCACAAUUGGCGCGAACCAAUCCCGGAGGGUUACUUUCCUAAGUUGGAUUCGUUGGUGGCCAGUCGAACUUGGCCCGCUCGCCCCGCGGGCGCCAUUCUUAAAGAUAUCAACCGUCCUGUGGAUCAAUUGAACUUCGACCUUCAAGACCUAGAGAGGUGGCGUGAUCGCAUAUAUGAAGCCAUUCACACCGGCGCUUACAUCAGCCCCCGCGGCGAGAGGGUGCCUUUGACCGAGUUCGGCGGCGUAGAUGUGCUUGGUAACAUCAUGGAGGCAAGCAUCCUUUCGCCCAACCAAAAUGUAUACGGGGAUCUUCACAAUCUCGGUCACGUCGCCAUCUCUUACUGCCACGAUCCAGAUCAUCGCUACUUGGAAACUUUCAGUAUCAUGGGAGAACCGGCCACCGCUAUGAGAGAUCCCAUCUUCUACAGAUUCCAUGCUUUCACUGACGAUGUAUUCCUAGAGCACAAGAAUACACUUCCCGAGUACAGCCUACAGCAGUUGGACUUUCCCGGCGUAGUAAUCACAGACAUAGCAGUGCAGACUCCGAAUCAACCGGCAAAUCAGAUUUCGACUUUCUGGACCAAGAGCGAUGUCGAUCUAUCACGCGGUCUGGACUUUACGCCUCGCGGUGCCGUUCUCGCAAGAUUCACCCAUCUGAAUCAUACAGACUUCACAUAUAGAAUCGUCGCCAACAAUCGUAAUAAUGCACCGCGACGAGGAACUGUUCGUAUAUUCAUCGCACCCAAGCAAGACGAACGUGGAUUGCCUUUUGUCUUUAGAGACCAGAAGGAGCUCAUGAUUGAGAUGGACAAGUUCACUGUAUUACUGAGACCGGGAUCAAAUACCAUCGAGCGUAAAUCAACGGAAUCUUCGGUAACUAUACCGUUCGAAAGGACGUUCCGCAAUCUCGACGAGAGCAGACCAAUCAGCGGCGAUAACCUGGAACAGUUCAACUUCUGCGGGUGCGGCUGGCCACAGCACAUGCUGGUACCUAAGGGCAAGGAGGAGGGAUUCCCGAUGGACCUCUUCAUCAUGAUAUCCGAUUACACCGGUGACGCGGUGGAACAGGACGAACCGACUGGAUGCAAGGACGCGGCGAGUUUCUGCGGCUUACGGGACCGCAAGUAUCCUGAUGCGCGACCCAUGGGCUUUCCAUUCGAUCGUAGAGCCCGUGCUGGCGUGGAAACCCUGGCCCAAUUCUUGACCGGCAAUAUGGCAGUCGCGCAGAUCUCCAUCCGCCACACGGAUACUGUAUUGCCGCAAAUGCGAUCCGGAAGUAUGGGCAACACUCUCACCUUCGCCUGAUUCGAUGAUUGAUCGACCAACCGAACGCGACAGAUCGCUCUCGCGCACCUCCGCCGAGAAUUCCAACGUUUCCGUUCCUACCACGCAUUCUUAGUAGCAAUCCUGCAAUAUCCGUCGUAGAAUCGCGACUGAUUGCGUGGAAACGCGACACGUUUCUCAUCCCAGUCCAUAUCCUAGGAUGGCGAACGCUGGGAAUGACGGGACGGGAGUUGAUAAAAAGCUGGAGGUGAGCGAGACGCUAUUUCUAUAUCUCAAUGACGGAGGAUUAUCCAAGGGACGAGAGAGAUUUUCUGUGCGUAGGAAUGCACAAUCUUGUGCGUUUUAAUCACUAAAAUUCCCACAUGAUACUGCGAAAUCGAUUCCUACUGUUGACUUGGUGGCCAAAUUUUACCGGAAUUGCGGUUAUCUCGUAAAACCUAUAUCUUCUUUAAUCUUAAGAUACUUUACAAAUAUUUUCAUAUGUUCAAAUAUUUUCUUUCUUAAUCGUUAAUUUCAAUACAG